AUGAGCAGCUUUUUUGGGGGCGGCUUCGGCUUCGGCGCCGCGGCGAGAAACAACCCCUACACUCUACAAGCUUAUCCACGAUUGAUUGAGCCUACAACUCCGGACUUUGCACGAUGUGUCCCCGAAUUCGGACGGGAAUUGGCCAAGCGAGACUGCAAAGAGGCAGUGAAGAAUAUGCCGUGGGCUCGACAAAGCGCCGAGGUCGAAUGGGCAGUGAAUUUUCAUGCACAGGAGUAUCAUCUGCCAAUGUCAAUUGGCUGGACGGUUCCUAAGGGCGAAGCUGGUGCAGGAACACCUGGCAAUUGUGUCAUUUCCAUCGAGGUCGCGGGUCCAAAGGCUUUCUAUGAUCCAGCAACAACGAACACACCCUUUACCAUCAGGGCUUCUCCUUUCCAGCUUCGGGGCUUAGCUGCUUAUGUUGUCAAUGACUGUGUCCAAAGGGGAGGGUAUCUUGGCGGUUUUGCUACGAACAAGAUAUCGAAUCUGGCCAAUUAUCUUCAAGAUCCCAGUACUGACUUGAGUCUCCCAUAUCCAAUAUCUGCUCACUUCCUGACUGUCUCGGUGAAAGCACGGACCUUUGGAGACCCACAACCAGGCAAUACACAUCCUUCAAUUGCUGUGUUGAUUGCAGAGUACCUAAGUGGCGUCAUGAAGGGCGCCAGCAACGAGGUCAGAGCGAUACUUGGCGCAAGUGUCCACCGUAUGGUAGUCGUGAGUCAGAAGAUGAGACCCGGCGGUACCACGCCAUGGUGGCAGCAGGUUCCAGAUUCUGCUGACGAAAUGACCUAUGAAUGUGACGCAAAGCUGGGUGCGCCCGCAGCGGUAGAUUGCGCAAACGUUGAGUACGGGGAACUGGGCGCGGACGACGAUACUAUCUCGGUAGGAGCAGGGGUAGUGAAAUUCCUCUCAUCGGGUACAUGUCAAGUCGCUAUCACGGCAGCAACCACCAUAACACUCAAUUGGCGCCAAAUACGCACAGCACUGGAUACCCUCUUCAACAUCUGCGUCAACCCUCCCUAUUACGCAGGCACCGGAGGCAAGGCUUACUUCGGGCCUCAGCCUGUGGUCAGCCGUCGAUCUCGCUGGGGGAAGCGACAGGAUAAUGAUGAUCUCAGUGGGUUGAAUGCUCUACCACCGGGAGGUAAUAUCACCGUAUCAUCGGUGCCUCAGCGGCCGCCAGAACGAAUGCUCGGUGUGAAUAACACUUUAGCCGAGAAUUAUACUAUGCUUGUAAAUGCUACGUAUGCUAUCCCAGCUCUUUAG